AAACGAGGCGUCAAGGAAUGUGACACAUAUGUAUAGUUAACCAUUGUGAUAUAAUACAACCGGUGUUAUUGGUGACAAUUUCAAAACUGUAACACAACAGGCGUGUAGGAUAAAUCGGAACUAAUCCAUGGGAUCAGAUGACCGCCAGCUGGAGUCUAUUGCCGUCCUAAUCUCCCUGCCCGUCCUUAAAACUCUUGCUACAUUUGAAGCAGCUUGUGAUACUUUAAUGCAAAAUGGCCUAAUACAAGGGGACGCAACUCUCAGAACAGAAAACGAAACAGUGAGUAAAAAUGGACAGGGUUAUUUCAAAGACGAAAUUAAGCGGAAAGAAGUAUCAUUAUUGUGUUCUGUACAACUAUGUUGAUGGUCCAGCAAGUCAUAGAGAUAAUGACCAAAAAUUGUCUAGAGCUUUUCUAGCGAAAAUGGAAGAUGAACUAACUGGGUGUGGCUUUACCGAUGGGUAUUAUUUUGAGAAAAUUCUUCCAGGAAGUAAUCUAUUUGAAGUGUAUUCAGCUACGUUUAUCGAACCAUGCGAGAAAGUAGUGGUCAUUUUAACUAAAGGCUUCAGAGAUAAUUGUUGGCAUAAAUACACCCAGCAAACAUCGUUUAUGAAACUGAUCAAUGGCGGUAAAACUGCCACCUUUCUGCCUAUUGUUAUAGGUGAAAAACGGGAGCAUAUACCUAGAGAUCUAGGGCUAGAUAUGGAACAGAUAUUAUUUUUUGAGGAAAAAUGGGAAGAUGAUGAAGAUAAUUGGUGUCGGUUAAAAUACUGUUUUCUUGAAAACAAAUCAAUUCCAGCUUUGUUUGAAAGAUCAAAAUCCAUUAUUCCAGUUGAAGAAACCCAAGACGUUAAUAGCCUUGCUGAAGAUGGUGUACCAGCUACGGGACAAGAUCUACCCAACGUGAACAACCUUAGCAUUGAUGGUAGACCACUAAGUCAUCCUAGCGGGGCUGCAUGUGGAUCUAAACAAUCGAAAAGAAUUUCCUGUCAAGGUGGAGCUACAGGGGGACUAUCAUGCAGAUCACCUACAACCAAAGUUAAUUCCAACCCCUCUGGUCCUAGAGUGGACCCAGUUGGUGCUGCUAGGAGUUUCACAGAACUUCCACUGAAACCACCAGAUGAUUCGGAAGAAGAUCGCCCACCAUCUACACCACAGACCAUUGUAAUUCCCGAAUAUGCACCUGAUUCUAUUCACAUUAGUAAAGCUGCUCAUCAAGAAAAAGGUCAUACAUCAGGGUCAGUUAAAGCAAAUCCUGCUGAACAGAAGAAGUCUUCUUAUUACAGAGACGUCUUGAAUUUCAUUUUGGGCAAUGUGUGAUGAAACUAAAAAACAUAAUUUUAGAAUUAAGCUGAUGCCUAAACAAAAACUUUGAAGGGGGAGGGGGGGGGGGGGUCCAAGAAUUCUGAUUCGUAUAUAAAUACGAUUAAAUAUACCGGUCUUGAACACAGUAUUAAACCUGCUCAAUGAAAUGGCAGUAGUUAUAGUUUACAUUGUUUUAUACCACGUUAAAUAUAGAUUUUAUAAGCUAAAGGUUUGUUAAUCCAUUCUUUAUUCUUGUGUUCAUUAUCUGGUAAUUCUAGCAACGAUGUGAUUUAACCUUUUUUACUCAUUUAGCUCUGACCAAAUUAGGUUUCGAUCUCUCGUCAAAAGACGAAACGCCACUGCCUUGGCAAUCUAUUUGGGUGUGUCAAAACGACCAAUAAAAUAUGAACAAAUUUAUGUAGUAGUCAUAUAAUUAAUGUCAUCAAAAAAUAAGGCAUUGGAAUUUAUUUUAUUAUUAUUUGUUUGUAUUAGAAAUAAAGCAUGGACAGUG